GACUUGGCAUUAUAAUUAUAUAGGAAGCAGAGCAGUUUGCCGUCUGUUAGAGGACAGAAAGGCUGAGGGCUGCUUGCCAUGAACAGCUGGUGAUACCAUGGAUGUGGAGCCCUGCUUCUGAUACUUUUUAGGAGGACAAGAAGAGAAAACAGCCAUGUCAGAGAAGAAGCCACGGGGAGCAGACACUCGUCCCAAAUCUGGCCUCCGCAGCUGGAGCGCAGACAGUUACACCUGGCGGGGGAAGAAGCGCUCCCGGAGCUCUCGAAAUGGAUCAAGUCCCAGUGGACUGGAGGCAGACGGUUCGGAGGAGCUGGGUGUGCGCUCUACAUCCUGUUCAAGGCGGCGCAGAGAGAGGAAGUGCAGCUGCAGCGCUCUCGGGGAUGCACUGACGGUUGGAGACAUUGAUGGGGUGUGCAAGAAGGCCCUGUCCCGGAGGUCUCUACGGCAGAAGUUUCAGGAUGCUGUGGGUCAGUGUUUUCCUUUGCGCUCCCACCAUCACCAUCAUCACCAUUACCACCACCCGCCUGGCUCCUCACGCCCAUUUUCGGUGCUCUUCUGGUCCAAAAGAAAGAUCCACGUUUCAGAACUCAUGCAGGACAAAUGUCCAUUCUCUCCCAAGUCUGAACUGGCCAAAUGUUGGCAUCUUAUUAAAAAUCAGGUAGCUCAUCCAAGUUCCGUGAAAGACAUGGAGACUCCUCUAAAGACUUCCAGCUUAUCAUCCUCAACCUCCCCACCACAAAUGACUCUUUCUUGGGAGGACAUCUGCUGCUCCCCGGUGCCUGGAAGUGCCACUCUGGAGGAUUGGGACCCUUCCUGUCAUCAUGGGGGUGCAGAUGGGGCCUGUAACAACACUGACUACAUACUGGUCCCUGAUCUCCUCCAGAUCAACAACAACCCAUGCUACUGGGGUGUGUUGAACCGCUUCGAAGCCGAGGAGCUUCUGGAGGGCCAGCCCGAGGGGACGUUUCUGCUCCGGGAUUCAGCCCAGGACGAGUUCCUCUUCUCGGUCAGCUUCCGUCGCUACAGCCGCUCCCUGCAUGCACGUAUCGAGCAGAAUGGCAAGCGUUUCAGCUUCGACGUCCGUGACCCAUGCAUGUACCGGGAUCCUAGUGUGACGGGCCUGCUAAGGCACUACAGCGACCCAGCCACCUGCCUCUUCUUUGAGCCCCUGCUCUCCAGACCACUGCCUAGGACCUUCCCUUUUCCUUUGCAGCACCUGUGCAGGGCGGUGAUCUGCAGCUGCACCACCUACCAGGGUAUAGAGAGCCUGCCGCUGCCGCCUCAACUCAGGGAGUACCUCAGACAGUACCACAUUAAGUGUGAUGGGGCCUGUGCAGCAACCACAGCAGCCAAAAUGCAGGAUCUACACUGACAUUUUCUUAAAGAGAUGUUUUUAAGCCACCAAAUAGAGAAUAAGGAACUAUCAGUCUAUUCUGUAGGACAUUUUGGACCUCUUUUAUCAUCAUUUUAAACUGAAUGUGGUUCUAAAAAGAUUUGUUAAAUGAAGAAGCUUCUGUACAGCUGAACUUAAUAUGCUACAUUAUCUUUGAUUUUGUAAAUAAAAGCACCAAAUAGCCACUUUAAUAGACUUAAGCUCAUUGCAAAAGUAUUCAUAACUCAUUAACUUUUUCACAUUUUGUCAACUUACAACCACUAACUUCAAAAUAUUUUUUUAUGUCAUAGAUCAACACAAAAUAGUGUAUAUUAUAAAUUGGAAGACAUGUUAUACAUGGUUUUCAACAUUUCUUCUAUGAACAAAACCUGAAAAGUGUGGCUUGAAUUUGUGUUCAGCUCCCUCUGCUCCUACACCUCCCAAUAAAUAUGAAGGUAAACAAUAAAACAGCUGUACUGUGAAGACGUCAGAGGUUUGUUAGAAAACAAUAGUGGACCAAAACAAAUGGCACAACUGCAGACUGACCAAGACAUGGCUGUCCACCGAAGUCGAGAGACGAACAAGAAGAGCAUCAAUCAGAGAAGCAGCCAUGAAGAGACUUCACAAAUCUGGAAUUUAUGUAAGAGUGCCAAGCAGAAAGCCAAGGUUUAAAGGACACCAAACAAAGUCUUUUUACAGGUUUGCCACAAGCCAUGUAGGGCAAACAGCUAACAUGUGGAUGAGGCUCUGGUUAGGUGAUAUAAAAGUUGAGGUCUCUGGCCUACAUACAAAACAAUAUGUGUGAGAAAACUGACACUGAACAGUCCAUCACCAUGGUGAACAUGGUGGUGGCAGCAUCAUUCAGUGGGGAAAGCGUUUCAGUAGGGACUGGGAAACUUGUGGAAUGGACCUAAAUACAAGACAAUCCUGGUAUAAAAUCUUGUUAUAAGCUGAAAAAGACUUACAACUAGGGCGGAGAUUCACCUUCAAACACGACAUCGGCAUUAAACAUCCAGCAAGAGCUACGAUAGAGAUCAGAGGUGGCCAACUCCAGUCCUCAGGAACUGGUGACUGCUUUUUGGUGUUAGCUCCUCAUUACCUGGCCUGUCCAAAACAUAGGAGGUAAUUCAACUAUUAAUUCAGCUGUGUUGGAGCCGGGCCACAUACAAAACAUGAAGGACCCAAGCUCUUAAGGACUGAAGUAGGCCACCUAUGGUUUAGAUCAGUGGUACCCCAUGGGCCAAAAUCGCCAAGUUGAAAGUACUCAUUAGCUGUAGUUUUGUUCUUUUUUUAGUUAAAAUGCAAAACAAUUUUAUUGUGAAUUAUUUUCUUUUUACAUUCACAGCAAUAAAUUAAGCAUGCAAUAUUUUAAUGAAACAAAAUAAAUAAAUUAUUCAAACAGAAACAAAAAAUGGUCUCAGACAUUUGCCUUAAUAAAAAAAGGUCCACAUCUAUUUGAGUGGAAUGUUUUACAUUUUUUUGGCCUAGAAAAUAUUUCUACUCUAUUCUCAGCAACAUAAAUAGGAACGUUUUUGCAGAACCGUAGCUGUUUUUAGCCUUGUUUAAUGAAUGGGUGUGCCCAAGUUUUUGUGUAAAAUGUGACUGGAUGUUCAUGGCCCUCUUUACCAUGAUACUAAAAUAAAGCCAAAACAUAUGGCUAAUGAAAGAAAUAUACUUUGUGUUGUACCUAACACUUUUCUUUUAAGAAUGUAUAAAUUUGCCAUUUGGUGUUUGCAUCUAAUCUAACGUAGCUUCAGCCUUUUUGCAGAGAAGAAUGGUCAACAUUUUCAUUCUCUAGAUGGACAAAGCUGGUAGAUACAUACCCCAAAAGAUUUGAAGAUAUAAUUAAAAGCAAAAAGUUCAGAUUUUUAUCUGUAAAAAAUGCUGAAAACCAUGUAUCCUUUUUCUACCACUUCACAGUUGGUUGCUGCUUUGUGUUUGGUUGUAAUGUGAAAAAAUUUGAAAAGGUUUAGGAAGUGUGAAUCCUUUUGUAAAGCAAAAUGUGCCUGACUUGAAAUUUUGUAGCUUUUCCCUCAAAAUCUCACAUGCCUUCUUCAAAUUGCACCUUUCUUCACACCCUACUGCUUCAACUAUAUCUGGCUCUAGGUAUUGUCAAAUUGUUAGUUAUUUUUGUUUAAAUUUUCAAACCACAUCCAUUUAAGUAUCUCACACAGGCAGCAGUGACUGAAUUUGUACUUUAUGAUUUCCAUAAAAGGGACGAGUUGUGGUCAUUACAAAAGGUUUCACAUAGAUAGGUUGUUUUCUAGGUGUUGACGAUGGCAGGGUUUUAAGACCUUGAUGCCCAAAGUACCCUGAUGAUCAGUUGAGCCAAAACCUACAGUUUUGAAGCAUGCGGUUUAAGCAGAUUUUCUUCUAAUCGUACAGAAAAUGGCAUCGUUCCUUCACCCUCACUCAUGUAGUCCUAAGUAGAUUGUCAGAAAAAUGGUGCGACAACAUCCAAUCGCUAGCUCAGUAAGCUAGAGAUCCCUUUGGCAUUUAAAUGUCGCACAAAAAUAUAAAAGCUGUUGAUUUGCAAGUAAUCUGAUUCAUGACAGAAAAUGUCAUUUAUUUAGGAAGAACUUAGACAUGAAAUCAAGUGUCAUUCAGGUCUUUGGCCACAAGAUGGCACUAAAACCUUCUGCAACAAUCAGACUGUAGAGGAAACUGUUGCUCCACAGUUCUGUUUGUGCAUUGUAGCACCAUGCCCUGAAAGGUAAUCUGCAGCAGCAGUUUACACAUAGUAGAAUCUGCCACAGUUCACAGCAGGACAAGACAAAAGGAUUUUAACUGCAAUGGCAGCCCAGUGGCAGCCUUCUUUGACACAUAUUGCUUUCACCUCACUGACAAAAAACAAACCAAUAAAUGUCAUUUCCACCAUCUCUGUGCUGUUAUUGUUUUUCAGGUUUCUAUCAUUUAUCAUUUUAG